CAGGUCCCGGCUCGCGGAACAAGAUCUACCAGGUGACCUGAGGAGGAGGUCUCCGGACCUGGAUGUCGUCAUUUGUGGGGACACCACUGACCAGAGCCUAAGAUUUCUACCCAGAAGUUUCGAGCAGCUCAAGAGGAGACCAAAGACACAGCGUCCAUCUCCCUGGCCAUUUCCCGAUAACAGAAGAAAAUGAUUAAGGACCAGGAAUCACUCACACUGGAGGAUGUGGCCGUGGACUUCACCUGGGAGGAGUGGCAGCUCCUGGGCUCCGAGCAGAAGGACCUGUACAGGGACGUGAUGUUGGAGACCUACAGCCACCUGGUGUCACUGGGGUAUCCAGCCAGCAAGCCAGACACACUGUCCAGAUUGGAACGAGGGGAACCAUGGACAAGAGAAGAUGGACUCCACAGUGGGAUCUGCUCGG